AUGAAGCUGUUCAACGAUGAAAAUAGAAAAGUUAGAGACCAUUGCCAUUAUACAGGCUUAUAUCGAGGAGCAGCCCACAAUACCUGCAAUCUUAAGUAUAAGAUACCCAAUCACGUACCCGUGAUAUUUCAUAAUUUAAGUGGCUAUGACGCCCACUUGUUCAUUCGCGAGCUGGGCGAAAAAUAUGAUACUCAGGAUAUUGGUUGUAUCGCUGAAAACACCGAGAAGUAUAUAUCGUUUAAUGUUAAAAUCAAGGUACCCAUUGCAGGUAUGGGGUAUGGUGACGGUGAAUUCAAUAAGAAGAUCGAGAUCAGGCUCAUUGACAGCUGUCGAUUUAUGGCAUCAAGCUUGGAGAAAUUGGCAAGUAACGUUAUUGGCACGAACCCGGCAGGCAUGAAAUGCCAGCAGUGCGCUGAUACAUGUCUGGAAUUUCAGAGCAUUAACGCCGAGUAUGUGGAAAGCUUUUGGUGCAGCAGUUGUGAAUCUAAUAUUACGAAUCUAAUAUUAGAUAAGGAUCAAGUGAAGGCCAAUACACCAGCCAUGAGCUACUACUUUAGCGAUGAUGAGUUAUUCCGGCUCAUGCUUCAAAAAGGAGUAUACCCAUAUGAAUACAUGGAUAGUUGGCAAAAAUUCAAAGAGACUGAGCUACCACCUAGGGACGCCUUCUAUAGCAAUUUAAAUAUGAAGGGAAUAAGCGAUCAUGACUAUGCUCAUGCCCAGAAAGUAUGGAAUGCAAUUACCCCAAAGGUCCCAGAGACUACCAUGGGUGAUUACCACGAUGCUUACUUUUGGGGGGUCUGCCAGAAUCAAUACAAGCUUGAUCCCGCCCAUUUCUACAGUGCACCCGGCUUAGCAUGGAAAGCAGCACUCAAGUACACGAAUAUCAAGCUGGAGCUCCUAACAGAUCCUGAUAUUCUACUGAUGUUUGAAAAGGGUAUUCGAGGUGGUAUAACUCAAGCGGUGCACCGCUACGCGAGAGCGAAUAACAGGUAUAUGGGGGAUCAAUAUGAUUAUGGGGAGGAGUCGUCAUACUUGCAGUACCUUGACGCCAACAAUCUUUAUGGCUGGGCCAUGCAACAACCCCUCCCAACCCAUGUUUUUAAAUGGGUGUCGAAUAUUGAGGUAAUAGAUGAAAAGAAGAUCGAGAAGCUGGUAUCUGAUAAUAAGCAUGGGUACCUCCUGGAGGUAGACGUUGAUUAUCCGAAGGAGCUCCACGACAAACAAAACGAGCUGCCUUUCCUGCCGGAGCGUAGGAUGAUUUACAGAGUUGAGAAUCUCAUACCAAAUCUAGAACAUAAGCGGAAAUACGUGGUACACAUCGGAGCUCUUCAUCAAGCCCUGAAACACGGGCUCGAGCUUAAGAAGGUCCACCGCGCUAUUCAAUUCAAACAUAGUGCCUAG